CCGUCCGUGUGAUACCACGUGACUGGACAUUGACAAGCUGCUAACCAAUGUUGUAGCAGGGCAAACACACCCCUAUUUAACAGCCUCAAAACCGAUGUGUACUGCACUUUAAAAAGGCAUUCUCAUAUGCAGGGCGUCAUUGCUGGAAUUAGCCAGUAAACUGAGCAGCGAGGCCAAAUUUAGCAUUAUAUUGUAUUUUUAAACAUACAUCGAAAACAGCCAGCUCACUACACAUUCACGAGGCAGGAACGUGUAGACACAGAAUAACGAAAUUAACUUAUACAAAGUUGUUUCAUGGACUUUGUAGUCAAUAGAAUCGUGCUUCAAAUGCAUAAUGCUAUAUUUUGAGUUAUUAGUUAUCAAACCCGUUAAAGUGAAGUGAAUGACAAGCAGAGCAUGUUGAGUAGCAAUGUCGAACUGAGCAUGUGCAAGACUUUCAAGACGAAGGCAGAAUAGUGUUUAGUCAGCAGAGGGCGCUGUUGAAUAACAGUGGCACUAUAUGAAUAUAGAGUCGUUAAGUAGUAAAUGGUUUUAGAUAUGGGCCAUUCUUCACAUAUUGUAAACAUGCAUGAAGGCUAAAUUAGUACUGAGAUUAUAUUGCAUACGCUCUUGACAAGGGGGUGAAAGUCAAAAAAUAUUGAGAAAAUGUGCAGAAAUAAAAACAAACUUCAGUGUUGUAGGUGUGUAUCAUCUGGAAAUAUUUAAAAUGGAAUUAAUUAAAUGAAAAUGAACAUUGAAUAUGUGACAACAUGAAUAGAAGAGGUGCAGAUACAUGUGCAUGUGAUCAAACUAGCUGAACAAGAGGCCAAAAUGAAGAAAAUUAACAUCACAGUCAUAGAUAUGGAGAAGAAUGAAGCAAAUCAAUUCAACUGCAGUGUGACACUUGCACAAUAAAGUGUAAAUCAACACUUUUUAAGACAAAAUAAAAAACAAAAUACUCAUUAAGUAUGUACAAACUAAGUAGAAAAGCUUGCAGAAGGAAUUACAGAGAACAUGUAAACAAAAAGAGUAAUUAAGAUAGCAUAACACAUUUGAUAACUUUUAAAAUCCUUUGUUUUGUUUUCAUGUUUGGAUCACUCAUCGAGGCAGGCAUAGCUACAGGUCACUGUCAAACCAUGAAAGACUACACUUAAUGUUACUGUAGCUUACCCUGUUCUAAAAGGAGUCUGAGAGAGAGGGAAUUACAUUAAGCAGAAAGAUUUUGAUCUUAAUUUAAAAAGUCUUAUGACCCUCCACCAGUGGUUUCCAUUCCUACCUCACUGAGAGGAGGCAAGUUAGCUGGAUCCUCUUUGAUUUCCAUCCUCAGGCUGCUGCGGGAUGACACUCCAUCUUGUUGUAGAAAUACAAGUUGCUGUGAUUCAUGGGACACAAAGAGCAAGCAUCAUGGGAGCUGGGAGUGGAACCCUGAGUGCAGAUGUUGGAGGCUGGAGCAGUAGUAUUUUGCAGAAUGCAGUCUUCACUAGCCCUCCUCAUUCCCUUCUUCAUUCCCCGGAUAUUUAACCAGCUGGAUAAGGGUUUGAUUUUCAGGCAUUUUUCUUCCAGUUAGGCUACUGAAGGGAGUUUGGGUUUGGACUUGGCAGAGACGAGGAGACACCACCUGUAGGGAUGAAGGGCACCAACCUGAGGAGGGUCUGCCAGAAGUACGCAGACAAACAGCGCUACGCCACGUUGUAUGACAGCAGUCGGCACCUCCCCCUCUACUCAGCCUACAUCUUUAAGAAGUCUGAUGGGAAGAGGAGGAUGGACACACCAUGGAUGUAUGAGCCACAGUUGGUUUCUGAUGAUGAGAGUGGCAACAUGAGAGCCCUUCCCCUUACUGAAGACACCCCCCCUCUGAUUGAAGACAGCCAGGCCGUGUUGGAGGACUACACAGAUGCUGUAGAAUAUAGACGUGGCCCACUGAAUCCUGACCUGCACCAAUCACAGCCAGAUGACAAAUCCUCCACAUAUACUCUGACUAAUGUAGUCCCAUUAAUCACAAACUUCCUGGACGCUUCCUGGAACCCAUACAUGGACAUCAUCCGCCGCCGCCUCAACAACUUCUGCCACGGCACAUCUUUCAUGGUGACAGGGGUGACCGUUUCUGGGGGGACCCUCAAACGAGAUAACAAGGACCGACUCGCAAUCCCAAAACACCUCUGGCUGGCUUACUGCUGCCCGCGGUUUGACCAUAACUCUCCGUAUGAGGUGAGGUUCAUGUUCCCAAGUUAUGGGGGCUAUGCACUGAAUGAACAGACUGACAACAGCGUGGUGGAAGUCCCUCUAAAGACUCUGGAGAUUUUCCUGAAGAGCCAGUCAGACAUAGACAGUGACCUGACUAUUUUCUACAAGGGGUGUGUGUCAGAAAACAGCUUCAGGAAGAAGAGAGACCCGACCAGUGUUUCAGUAUCAGGGGACAAUCCUGAACGGGAUGAACAUGGAUAAAGUAUACCUAUAAACAGAACUAGCUUGGAUAAACUUGAAUAGAAGCAGUGUUAGGUAGUCCUGGCUUUACGUGUUUUAAAAAAAAAUUUAAUUGGAAUUAUAUUAAGAAGGGAAAGGGCUCUUCAUUUUGCCUUAGACAGGGCAAAUUUAGAUUCAGAUUAUAGCUCUCUAUCAGUAGUAGUAUGUGAGAAGGGGCUGUAGUACACAUGACCAAUAAGCACCACCAAAGGAAAUAAUGUGUAAAUGCACAUUAAAAGGUGAAAACUAGUAUCACACUCCCAUAAAGUCGGGGGCUUUACAAGACACUGAUUAUAAAAAAUUAUUAUCAAAAUCAAAGCAGCAGAGCCUGAGGUAUCCUGACUUUACUGUCAAAUAUCAGCCAAGGCCCCAGGACUUAGAUCCUACAUUUCCCAUCAUGCAAUGCAACUGUAUGGCAUGUGUAUUUCAAAGAGAAGAAAGUCCACUUGUAGGCUAUACUAAAUCAGUUUAGGCAUUAGUCCAAGAAAUGGGUUUAUACUACAGGCCUAUAUAUGGCAGUGCUGAACAAAUGAAGCGUCAAUGCUUCAAUAUUUUGCAAACUAAUCUUAUCUUAUGAAACGGUCUAUGAGAAAUAUGUUAUAAAAAAGGUGCUAAAACAUACAAAAAAGUGCACAAACAGGCCAGAGCUAAAGCUGUAAAAAUGUCUUUAUAAGGAGUGUAGCUUAUAUAGUGACUUAAUGUUUUUACUGUGGAUAUGAUUUUUUUUUUUUUUUGAUGAUUUUUUGGGGCAUUUUAGGCCUUUAU